CAUCUAGAUCCAUUGCUAGAACUAAAAUAAAUAUUUGCAAUUGUCAAAUUAGUAUAUCUCCUGACCUUUGACCAGGAAGUAUGAAACUGCUUUACAGACACACCUCUUUUACACAUGUGACUUCAAAAGCAGGAAGCUAUUUCAGAAUCUGGGAAAGGGAAACUUAUGUGACUCCAAAAGCAGGAAGCUAUUUUAGAAAGCGAAACUUAAGCAUAGUUGAUCUGUUUUGUCUUUGUGUGCCUUUAUAUUUGUUCAGUAAUAUGGCAGAAGUGAGAAUUUCAGUGGAUCAGAUUGAGUUUAUGUGUCCAGUGUGUUUGGAUCUCCUAAAGGAUCCGGUGACCCUCCACUGCGGACACAGUUAUUGUAAGAGCUGUAUUACAGACUUCUGGGAUCAAGAGGAUGAGAAGAGAGUCUACAGCUGCCCUCAGUGCAGACAGACCUUCAGUCCAAGACCUGCUUUAGCUAAAAACACCAUGCUGGCUGAAGUGGUGGAGAAGCUCAAGAAGACUAAACCUCCUACUGACUGUUACGCUGGAGCUGGAGAUGUGCAAUGUGAUGCCUGUACUGGAACAAAAUACAAAGCCGUCAAGUCCUGUCUGCAGUGUCAGGAAUCUUACUGUCAAACUCAUUUUGAGAAUCAUGAGGAUUACUCUCGUAAACCACACAAAGUGGUUGAUGCAACUGGACGACUGCAGGACAUGAUCUGCCAGAAACAUGAGAAAGAGCUGGAAGUCUACUGUAUCACUGACCAACAGUGCAUCUGUGAGCUGUGUAUGGAGUAUGAACAUAAAAACCAUGAAACGGUAUCAACAGCAGAACAGAUGACAGAGAAACAGAAAGAGCUGAAGGAGAUGCAGAUAAAGCUCCAGCAGAGAGAGAAAGCUCUUCGGAAACUGAAAAUUGCAGUGGAGUCUCAAAAGCACUCUGCACAGACAGCAGUGAAAGACACUGAGAGGAUCUUUACUGAGCUCAUCCGCUUCAUUCAGAAAAAAAUUACUGAGCUCACACAGGUGAUCAGAGAUCAAGAAAAGACUGCAGUGAGUCAAGCUGAAGGACACAUGGAGCGUCUGAAGCAGGAGAUUGAAGAUCUGAGGAGGAGAAACACUGAGCUGGAGCAGCUUUCACAAACACAGGAACAUGUCCAUUUCCUGCAGAGUUUUCAGUCUCUCUCAGCUCCUCUUGAAUCUACAGAUGGUUACUUCAGUUCUUUCUUCUGUUUUGAUGCUAUGAAAGAAUCUGUCCAUCAGCUGAAAAACAAACUGGAGAAUUUGUGCAAAGAGGAGGUCAAGAUGAUUUUAGACAGAGUAACCAGCUUUGUUCCCAAGACCAGGAAAGACUUCCUACAAUAUUCUAUUAAGCUCACUCUGGAUUUAAACACAGCUCACAAAUGUCUGUCUAAGAAAAAAAAAAGUGUUACUUGUACUAAAACAGAGCAGCCAUAUCCUAAUCAUCCAGACAGAUUUCAUGACUGGCCUCAGGUGUUGUGUACAGCGAGAGUGCGGGGACGCUGUUACUGGGAGGUCGAGUGGAGUGGAGAUAAAGGUGUCUGUAUAGCAGCGUCUUAUAAGAGCAUCAGCAGGACAGGAACUGGUAAUGAGUGUGCAUUUGGAGGUAAUAAUCAUUCCUGGGGGUUGUUCUGUUCUCCAUACAGAUAUUUAUUUUGGCACAAUAAUAUUCAGUCUGAUCUAACUGUAAAGCCUAACAGCUGUAAAAUAGGAGUAUAUGUGGAUGUAGGUGCAGGAACUCUGUCCUUCUACAACGCGUCUAACGGAAUGAGCCUGAUUCACACAUUUCAGACCACAUUCACCCAGCCACUGUUCCCUGGGUUUACUGUUGGUUUUGGAUCAUCAGUGAAACUGAAUCAUAGAUAGAUAUUAGCAUAGAUUAUAAAGUGUUUUUAUUUAAAAUCCUCUAAGAUGAAUGAUGAAUAUUCAUUAUAUCCUUAUAUUAAUGCUACAAAACGUCUACAACUUUGACUAAAAUAACACAUCUGAAUAAAUGUAAAUCAAUUUUUCGUGUGAGAUGUGGAUCUGUGCUUUUCUCUAGGUUUUAUUUUUGUGGAAAUGACAUUCAUUUAGUUUUAUUAUAAUGACCUAAAUCUUGUUGAAUGAAUGCAUUCUUAUAGCGCUUUUAAAAUGUAAGUGCUUUACAAUCAUAUGGUCAUUAUUAUCACUAUUAAUAGAUUGGAGGAACUAUGAUGUCAAGUUGUAUGCAAAAACCUGGAAGCGAGUUAGCAUUUUAGCAGUUCUGGUUCCGUCAUCCAAAAGUCAAUGGGUAUUUUGAAUAGCCUUUCGGUUAAAUUGCUUAAGGUUUAAAGCUAACACAAACCAAAGUUAGUUUCACACAUCGGUCACAUCACACUCUUGAUUUUUUAAAUCGAUUACGCUUCUGUAAAAGACAGUUGCUAUCAAGUUGCUAAAUGGUACUACUGGCGGUGUUGGAGACAUUAUACGUCAUGGAGCUAAACUGGUCUGGAAUGCAGCUCGCUUGUGUUGGGUAUUUGGAUUUUUCUGUGAAUUAAGUAUUUUCAUAAAUAGUAUAGCUUUCACUUGUAAAUCUGUCAUGUCCGAUUAAUUUGGUGAUCAUUGAUUUUAAUUAAAGGAUAUUAUGGA